AGCUCUGCACUGCUCCAUGAAGCGCAAGAAGUAUGAAUGCCCUGACGUCUGCAGAGGCCGUAUCACCAUAAAUGCUGCACGGCCAAUGCAAACGGCGGAAUGACCAUGCAGCGCCUUUAAGAGCAGCUAACAGUCGUUAACAGGCGCUACUGUAGAAUACACCUAUGCCUGACAGGAGGUAUCCGUUACCGCGUCAGGCAACUUGAACAUUAUACCGGUUGUCAGGAUCACGUUCCUUUAUCGAAUUAUUUAUGUAUCUCGCUCACACACACUCUCUCUAUCUCCAGUGUCUCGCUCUCUUUCGCUUUAGGUGCCUACCUCUCCUCAUCAGCUUGCCAAGCGCGCGAGAGCUGUGCGUAAAAAAAGUGGCGCUGGGUGUCUGUCGCCGCUUAUCGAAUUACAUCACGCUUCGGAGUUCCUCUCCCGGAGCACGAGCUCAAACAGCCCUGUCCCUUCAUCCUCAUUGUCCCCACUUAAGGCAACGUCCACAGAGCAACGCCGACUUUGAGAGGAAGUUUCACCGCCGGCACUGGCGGCGCCAAAUGAUUGAGGAUUGUCGGCGGAGGCGAAACGGAAUAAAACAUUCUUCCUAAAAAACAGAAACUGGUUAAACCUUCAAGCUGAAUUCGUCGGGCCUACUGACUAUGCCCCGGAGUCCCACGUCCAGUGAGGAUGAGAUGGCCCAGAGUUGUUCUGACUACUCAGAGGACUCUGCCUCUGACAGCUCCCGUGAGGAGACCAUCUACGAGACCAUAAGAGCCACCGCCGAGCCGGCCCCCGGACACAUGGACGACAUACACACUCACUCCCUGGUUGUCCGCAUCGCCAUCCCCGACCUGCAGCAGACAAAAUGUAUGCGGUUCAACCCCAACGCGACCGUCUGGGUUGCCAAGCAGAGGAUCCUGUGCUCGUUGAACCAGAGUCUGAAGGAUGUGUUGAACUACGGCCUCUUCCAGCCCGCCAUGAACGGACGAGACGGGAAGUUCCUGGAUGAAGAACGCCUCCUCCAGGAAUACCCACAGCCAAUCAGCAAAGGAGUUCCAUCUCUGGAGUUCCGCUACAAGAACCGAGUCUACAGGCAGCCCCAUGUGGAAGAGAAGCAGAUUGCCAAACUUCACACCAAGGCCAACUUGAGAAAGUUUAUGGACCUCAUCCAGCACCAUCAGGUGGAGAAAGUAUCUAGGCUGCUGGAGAGAGGGCUGGACCCCAACUACCAGGAUACAGAGACCGGUGAGACCCCGCUGACGUUUGCGGCCCACCUGGAUAACGUGGUGGAGAUCAUAAAGGUUCUGAAGAAUGGAGGGGCCCACCUGGACUUCAGGGCCAAAGACGGCAUGACGGCCCUACACAAAGCUGCUAGGUCCAAGAACCAGGUUACUCUGACGACCCUGUUGGAGCUCGGUUUGUCUCCAGACUAUAAGGACAGUCGGGGUCUGACGGCGCUCUAUCACACAGCCAUGGUGGGAGGAGACCCGUUGUGCUGUGAGUUGCUGCUACAUGAACAUGCCACCGUCUGCUGCCAGGACGAAAACGGCUGGCACGAAGUCCACCAGGCUUGUCGGAAUGGCUUUGUCCAGCACCUGGAGCAUCUGCUGUUCUACGGGGCGGACAUGAGCGCACAGAACGCCUCAGGGAACACAGCGCUGCAUAUCUGUGCUCUCUACAAUCAGGAUAACUGUGCCAGGGUGCUGCUGGUGCGUGGAGCCGACAAAGCGGUGAAGAACUACAACAGCCAGAGUCCCUUCCAGGUGGCCAUCAUCGCGGGGAACUUUGAACUGGCCGAACUGGUCAAGAACCACAAAGAGACAGAUAUAGUGCCUUUCCACGAGGUCCCGGAAUACUCCAAGCGGCGUCGGGCCCUUCCCCCUACCAGCAGCAGCGGUGGCUCCCUGGCGGCCCCCCGGGUCCUGCUGCGCUCCAACAGUGACAACAACUUCAAAGUGAGCCAAGGGCCCCCCCAGGACUGGUCCCAGCCCCAGGGACACCCCCAGCACCACGGACCCCAACACGGAGGGGUCGGACCCCCCACCUCCACCUCCCACCAUAUCCUCUCUCCACAGCUGCUCGGGCAGAUACAGGGGAACUCCAAUGGCACUGUGAGCACCAUGGGCCAGGGGUCCCGCAGUACCAGCGUGGGGGUGGUCCCCCGGAGUCGAUCCCCGUCCCUCAACCGGCUGGGAGAGGAGGCCCGCAGGCUGCACCCGCAGACACAUGUACAGACACAGCAGACGCAGCACAGACAGCCCAGCCCCAGUGGUAAUAUGGAGGUGGUGGUCCAGCGGAGGAAGCUGUACAGUGCUGUGCCAGGGAGGCACUUUGUGGUGGUCCACGCCUACCACCCACAGGCCGAGGGAGAGAUCACCCUCUACAAGAACGACAGGGUUAAAGUUCUGAGCAUCGGAGAGGGGGGGUUCUGGGAAGGCAGUGCCCGGGGCCAGGUGGGCUGGUUUCCUGCGGAGUGCGUGGAGGAGAUUCCUGCCAAGCCCAGCGAGGAGAGGAUGCACACAAGAGCUGACCGCUCGGACAAGAGGAAACUCUUCCGACACUACACUGUGGGUUCCUACGAUAGCUUUGACGCCUCCAGCGACUGCGUGGUCGAGGAGAAGACGGUGGUCUUGACCAAGAAGGAGAAUGAAGGCUUCGGGUUCGUGCUGCGAGGGGCCAAAGCGGACACGCCCAUCGAGGAGUUUACUCCCACCCCUGCCUUCCCAGCCCUCCAAUACCUGGAGUCGGUGGAUGAGGGAGGAGUGGCCUGGCAGGCGGGACUUAGGACCGGGGACUUCCUCAUUGAGGUCAACCAGGAGAAUGUGGUGAAGGUGGGCCACAGGCAGGUGGUCAACAUGAUCCGUCAAGCAGGGAACAGCCUCAUCAUCAAAGUGGUAACGGUCAGCAGGAAUAUGGACCCAGAGGACACCGCACGCAAAAAAGCCCCCCCACCGCCAAAGAGAGCCCCCACAACCGCCCUGUCUAUGCGCUCCAAGUCUAUGACCUCUGAACUGGAAGAACUAGUGGAAGACAGUAAAGCCACACUAAGGAAAAAGAAAGGUGAUGGUCAGAAGAAGAGGAUAUGUUUUCAAGUCACUCUAAAUAAAGUGGACGAGGUGUCACCUUCCCAGAAUGCCGUGGACAUGAAGGUGGCCACCGUUAAGCCACGCCCCUCCAGCCGCUGUUUGGUCACGCCUACUGACAUGAAUUCCAUGUACGACCGCCAGGGGGGUGUGGCAGUGGUACCACCCACCAUGCCAGGCAGUCCUAGAGGAGGGGCAUUUCUGGGCAUACUUGCCAAGGGUGGCACCAUGAGGAGACAGAAGUCCAUAGGUAUAACAGAAGAGGAGAAGACGCUCCUCACCCCUCCCCCACUCAAGUUCACCCGCAGCCUCUCCAUGCCCGACACGUCCGAGGACAUUCCCCCUCCCCCGGCCAUCUCCCCCCCGUCUCCCCCCUCCUCCUCCAACUCUCCAUCCGUCUCCACCACGCCACGGGGCUUAGGCACCAACCGACCGGGCCUCACCCUCAACUCCGCUGGAAAAUGUUCCAACACCACUAUCCUUGGCAACCGCACGGUAGAUGUAGGGACGCUAAGGCGAGGUUAUCACCGCCAGAGCUCAGAACAGUACGAUAGUAGAAGCCGAGGACGGGCACCGGUGCCCGAGAACCCGUACUCGGAGGUGGGCAACAAGGCGCUGUACGUGCCUGCCAAGCCGGCAAGGAGGAAGGGCAUGCUGGUCAAGCAGCCCAAUGUGGAGGACAGCCCAGAGAAGACCUGCUGUGCCCCGCCCUCAGACGCCAUUUCCAUGCCGACCACACCCACUGAGAGGACCUUCUCGUCCAUUCCCAUCCCCACCAUCAUCGUCAAGGAGCCGUCCACCAGUAGCAGUGGAAAGAGCAGCCAGGGCAGCAGUAUUGAGAUCGAGCCCACCACGCCCGAACACCCACCCUUAACACCCGGGGCAGGGGGCAGGGGGCUGAGGCCUGAAGACCCCAUUGUCAACAACCCCUUUGCGGCUGCCAUCGCAGGGGCAGUGAGGGACCGGGAGAAGAGGCUGGAGGCGCGGAGGAACUCGCCCGGCUUCCUCUCCACCGACAUGGGGGAUGAGGACUUGGGAGACCAGGCCCCGUGCCUAUGCCAGUCCAAGUCUAUCGACGAGGGCAUGUUCAGCAAUGACGAGCACCUGCAGAGGAUAAUGGCUCCCCCGCCGGCCUCCACCCUGCUGCGGUCCCAAGAAGGGGGUGACCGUGGGGGUAACGUGACAGACUUCAACACCCCUGAGCCCACCCAGGUGGUGAGGGAGCCCCUGACCUCGCGUACCGGCCAGUACCCCAACCUGGACAGCCCCGUCAGUCUCCCGGCCACUCCGCACAAGACCUACAGCUCCAACGGAGGAAGGGACUACCUGCACCCUGUCACAGGUAAGGCCCUGGACCCUAACUCGCCCCUCGCCCUGGCGCUGGCGGCCCGGGACAGAGCCAUGAAGGAGCAGACACAAACGACCAUGGCAAUGCAAGCCCCACCCCCUUCUCGGCCUCAACCGCUCCCCAAGAGCGAUGGCCCCCAGUCCCUCCCUCCCAACUCCCACAAACCUGGCCUCAAUCAGCCCCUCUUCAUCGAUACCAAGCUCCGCUCCAACACCGAGGCAAGCUUCGCUACCUCCACGACAACCCUGGGGCGAGGCAGAGUGGUAGGUCUGAAGAGGCAGAUGACGGAGCAGAAAUACGAGUCGGAUGGAGCAAGGGAGGAGAGGCAGCAGGCGGAGCAGGAUGGGAAGAGCAUACAGAUCGACGUUGUGGACACGUCACAACCGCAGAAAGCUGCCGGGCUGCUGAUGGUGCACACCAAAAACAGCCCAGAGGGGGAAGACAGGGGGCAGGAGAACACACCAGCCCAGGACAACAGCAUCCCCAGUGAACUGAGAGACCCCAACGAGCCAAACCCCCACACCAACAGUCACAGUUCCAUGCCCCUGCCCCCUGUGCCGCGGGGGAAGAGCAUCACGGCUGGGGGAUCGGUGGACGAGCCAGUCAAGCUGCCCUUCCGCAUGCCCCCUCCCCCGCUGGCCUCGGUGGACAUCGAGGAGGUGGAGGAGUUUGUCUUCUCCGAGCCCUUGCCGCCCCCGCUGGAGUUCGCCAACAGCAUCGACAUCCCUGAGGACCAGGCAACGGCCAUCGCUGAGUUGCUCAAGCAACGGGACCAAGAGAGACGCAACGGUAUGGGGGACAGGGGGCCAAAUCCACCCCCAUACUACACCCACGCCCCGCCCCCUGUCGGCCAGUUCCGACGGGGAAGCGGGAUGUCCAAUUGCGUGCCACCACCCUCCUAUCCCCCUCCGCCCCCCGACGGUGGCUUUGAGCAAGGUGUCACUGACUCAGGCAUCGAGGAGGUAGACAGUCGCAGCAGUGGAGACCCCCAUAUGGAGACUACCAGCACAAUUUCCACAGUUUCCAGCAUCUCUAUACUGUCGUCGGAGGGCGGGUACAACAGCGCCCUGGAGAACACUUCUAUGGUCUAUACUGAUGGCCAGGCUUACCUCGAUGACCGACCCCCCGUUCCCCCCAAGCCCAAAAACAAGCCUAUCAUCAACAAGAACACUGCACUUUACCACGACGUCCUCAUAGAGGAAUCCCUGGACUCCUUCGGGGUGCCCCCUCCUGUCCCUCCUCCUCCACCCGGGUCCAUGUCCCCCCCGGACCUCCCCAGGACCCCUACCUAUCGGUCGUCCAAGCUGUGGGGCGAGCCCCCGGAGCUAAGGAGCCCACCCACGUCCGACCCCAAGGCCACGGUUAUCAACGAGUUGAGCUCCAUCUUAUCACAGAUGUACCGGCCUAAACCGGGGGACUCCUUCGACUCACCCACCACAGGGGCCAUGGGCGGCUUUGGAACUAGCUCUCCAGCCUCAGGAAGCCAACGGAACUCCAGCGUGUCCUUCAGCCUGCCCCCCUCCUCCUGCACCCCUCCUUCCAGCCUGCCCCCUCACCUCUGCAGCCCCCCGGACACCUCGUCCCUCUCCUCACCACCCUGCCCCGCCUCUUUACCCCACUCUGCCUCGCCCAGCCUCAGCGACCUCUUCGGCCUGCCCACCCCACCCAUGGGGAGUACGAGUGGCUUCGGCAGCAUGGGCGGUAGCCUUGGUGGAGGGUCCUCGUGCGGGGACUCGCGCUCCCCCUCGCCACUCACCCUAAUGCAGGCCGUAGCCACCUCGGGCAAGCCCUUCGCCUCCAAGCCCGUGGAGCUGUGGAGCAAGCUGGACGUGGCCGACUGGCUGGACAGUCUGAAUUUGUCGGAGCAUAAAGACGCCUUCCUGGACAACGAGAUCGAGGGCGCCCACCUGCCCUCGCUGCAGAAAGAGGAUCUGAUAGACCUGGGGGUGACGCGGGUGGGCCACCGCAUGAACAUCGAGAGGGCCCUCAAAAUGCUGCAGGACAGAUAAAGCCAGGGGGUGUGGAUUUAUCUGAAACACUCUCUGUCCUACCUGUUCUCCUUUUCUGUCUGGGACGAUUUUGGAAUCGGCCUCUGACUCCUCCCUUCCUGCCUCGACUCUGUGGCGUGUAUGCGUUUGAUCAUUCCCAUUCUGCUUCCCGAGUAUCAGGGGAUGUCGGAAUCCUGGAGGAACUGCAUCAAUCCGGAAUGGAGAAAAAGAAGGGGGAAAUCCUGUAUCUUUUUAGGGAUGCUCAUGUCACCACCCUUUGGAAUAUUCUUGAAACGUAGCCCUCAAACACUUUGAAAUACUGAUAGAAAUCCAACCUGGACAUUUUUGGAAUACUAAAGACUACAUCUCCCAAUUUGCUUGGGAAUACUCAAUACUUUUUCAAGCUCCCACAGUGCGGGUGUUUGAAACCAGCUGAGCUGGUCGGCGCUCCUUUUCUAUCUUUGCUAGAGUUUCUUCAGAGAAUAUUUCGUCACUAGACGUCAAACCGUGGGUUAUGUUUAUGGAUGCAUCUGACGUUGUAGAGACAUUUGAAAAACAUUAGAAACGAGAACAUUUGCAGAAAUGUUUUGCCUAAUCCUAAACCAUAGCACUCGCUGCAAGCAAAUACACACACACACACACACACACAGAUCCGGCAAUGGCCUUCUCCUUAGAGAGAGAAACAUAAUGAUGUGUUAGUCUUUUCUAAUGCAUGGCUGGAGGGGCUCUACUGUAGCAGGCACCACUGUCCCCUUCACAUCCCUGUUCACUGUGGAAGGUGUGUGUAUUUGCGUUUUUGUCAGAGACAUGUUUGUGAGGUGUGUGUGCGCGCACGCUGUGGGAGGUUUGUUAAAUGGGUUUUUAGAAAGACACGAGUGAGAGUGUACGGUCUAGAUUCAAUCAAAUCGAGCGUUAAGCAGUGCUAGCCGACACCUGCAUAGCUGAUGUUUUGGCGGUGUCGGAAGUGUAACUGUGUUGGAGCUGUCAAAUCGGUGAUCGUUGUCACGAAGCCACACCCAUUCCUGUCGUGUUUAGAAGUUCAAAAAGAGAAAGUGUAUGCUAUAUAGAAAUAAUAUAGCAUACAAUAAUACGCUCAAGUCGAAAAUCAUGAAACAAAAUAAUGAGGAUUUCUAUCAACCUGAUCAAGGUGUCGGCUGCAUCUCACAUUCCGGUGUUCGAACUUGUGAACAGGGCUGCGUGGGAUUUAUCUUAAUGCGACUCCGUGCAGCCAAUGGCAAUGUCUGUUUUAGGUAUAAUGCCAGGAGCCGCUUGUGGAUUUGACAGCUCUAACACAGUUCCACUUCCGACACUGCCAAAACAACCCUACACUGGUGUUGGCUGGCGCGGAUCUGAUAUAAUCUAGCCCUAAGUGUUGGCGUCAUGUGUGUUUUCAUCGUCUUCCACACACUUGACAGUGACCCGGACAGGAGUGGAAUGCCAGACCCCUACUCCCUACCCCCGAACCAACCAACCUCCCUCCAGGCCUAUGACAGAAAUUAUCCACCUAUCACAACAACAAUUUCCCUGCCAUAAUAUCACCAUCUCCUCUCUAUUCAGCCAUCUUUAAUCAUGUCUAAUCACUGAGUGAUUCCUUUCACAGAUCAAACAUUGUUUUUAUAUUAACAAAAGUGUGUGCUGAUGUGUUAUAGGUGAGGGUUAACAAUUUGUUGACGUAAUGAUUCUCGGCGAGUAGUUGAAGACAACCAUUUAAAGGAUGAGUGCAAAACGGGUGUUACUUUGUGAUCGGUGUUAACAUAGGACACUGUGGUUGACUGUGUGCUUGUUUUUAGACAGCUAACCUAUACUGUGCAUUGCAGGGGCCAAGAAUACUAUGAAUUCACUCAAAUCUGCUACCCAGACAUUCACACAAUCACCGAAGAGGAUUUAAAAAAAAGAUUUCCAGGAACGUUUGCAAAGUUUGUGUAUAGUCAGUGUUUGCAUUGCCGAUGAAUCACAAAAUGUAUUUAUUGAUGAGAAGAGGUGUUAGUCCUACCUGGUGUUUCCAGAGGGAAGAAAAGAGGUGUGACACAGCAGCACCAACUGAGCAGCUAUUAGAGGGGUAUGGUUUGAUCCAGGCAAUAAAGGCUUUCGAUGAUGCAUUUGGUCCCUGUUCGUUUGAGAAUGAGAGGGAGAGUCCUCCGUAACGCUUUACUUAAGCCUGCAGGUAAUAACCCUUUUAUAAGGCUUGCUUAUAAAAAGUUAUAAAGUAUUAUUACUACAGGCUUCAAGUAAAGUGUUACUGAGUCCUUUUCUCAACACCAGUGAUGUGUUGAGAAAAGUAGAACAACAUUAUCUUGCAAUCGAAGCUCCCAUCUGACCGCCGAUCAAUUGUCUCCAUCCUUUUUCAAGAAACACCGUUAUGUCAAUGUUAAUGUGAGAACUGCCGAUAGGUCAGUACCCAGGAAGUGUUUGGUGGCAUUGAUUUGAAGUAAAGUGAAUACAUGUAUUGUUUUGAAUGUGUAUAAAGGAAUGAUUUAAAGAAAAGAGUACAUCUAUAGAAUAAUUAUAUGUGUAAUAUUUCUAGAAGGUUCAGAGAGAGAGAAUUUCUAUGAAAGACUAUGGCCAUUGCAUCCACCCUCAGAACGUGUUUCUUUGUCACUCUAUCCCUGUUUUGUGAUUGGAUACAUAGUGCCCCAUUUCUGGCCUCUCUGCCUCUGAACAAGAUUAGAACUACCCCAGAAGAGACUGCAAGGAGAAGUGUGGAGGCCAUGUAUGCCACUGUACCCAGAUGACCUAUAUAUUAUAACAUAUAACUAAAAAAGUGAACAGUAUUUUGGUGUCAUUCGAGACAUAUCCAUGAUUCUAUCAGUUCACAGUGAUGUUCUAUGAACAUAACCAUGAUUGUUUGGAUUGUGUGCAAUUUAGGGUCUCCUGUUGGGACAAAACAAAAAGCUACCUUGUUGAGAUUCCUUCUUCUUUCUCCCGGUCCCUGUGUGCAACUGUAUGUAUGAUGAUGAAGGGAAGAGAAAGGGAUGAUUAAAAAAAAAGGGAAUACCAGGCCGACAGAAAGAGAGGACUUGCAGGAGUUAUAACGCUGCUAUAAUCCAUUCAUUAUUUUAAAAGAAUCAACAAAAGUGACAUCGAAAAAAAGCACAGUAUUUUUUAUGAUUUAUAUAGAACUAUAUGGAGUUUUAUAAAAGACAUUUGGAGAAGAAUAUUCAACUCUGACGUGUGGUUUGCCAAAAAGUGAAGAAAAAAACAACUAUAUUAUAUAUAAAUAUAUAUUAAUAGAAAUUAAUAUUAUCAGAUUUAUGAGGAAACUAAGAAGCAAUAUUUAUACUGAAUGGAUCUCCUUGGUUGUGGUUUUGCCCAGUUUUAAGAUGAACUAUCAUUAUAUAUUAUCACCUGUUGAUGUUAUGAACACUGAUAGAUGAAGUGGACAGAAGACAUUUGUCCAAUCAAAAUAUAUUUUAUAUACUAUCCUCUGGCCAUCACCUGCCUAUCUUGAAUAUUGUAAUUUUUGACAAUUCCAAUCGCUUAGUCUGCAUAAAAUGUGUGUAUAACGCUUUACAUUUAUACAUAUCCUCAGUCCACUGGAUCGAAAACUGUCCCGAUGACACUUUUAUGCUCAACUUAUAUAGAAAUGUACAAAAAAAGAUUAGUUGUGACUGUUGAUUUCAUGGGAAAAAAAACAACAUAUCACUAAGCUAAUUUAUAUGUGGAAUCGUAGAACUGAGUAGUGGUAUUAAGAUGCUAUACAAAUCAUCACUGUGUGACUAUAAGGCUAUGCUACAUAAGGACUGGCAUGGCUCACUAUCCCCCUUACCAUCACAACACAGUCCUUCACUUACCCAUCGGCAACUAUUUGGAUACUUUUGCUAUUUUCUCUUCUUCUUUUAUCUCUUCUUUUAUUUUUCAUUCUACAUAAAUACCAAGACGUUUCCGUCUUUUUUGUGUAUAUUUGUGUUCGUGUUCUCUAUGUUGUAAUUCCUCAUUACGUAGAGUCGACGAUCUAAUUAUCAAAAAUGAAAAAGAGAAGUUUCUUGUCACUGCACUCUUCCUUCCCCCCCAAAUCCUCAAUACUUCUUGUAUGGCAACCAAAAGAUACUGUAAGAAAUAAAUAUAACAUUGCACUA